GCACUAUACGCGUGGACAGCGGACUGGAUGACGCGCCGUGCAAGUGUCGUGGAACGGACCACGUUCAAGCAGGCCUUUCCCAUGAUCAUCCAGGUGAUGAAGAAGUCGAUGGGUCUUAAUUGGGAUCACCUUCCUGAGAUGAAGGCUGAUAUUGAGAAGGGUAUGGCAAAUUAG